AUGUCCGAUCUUCCGAGGGAGAUGGAGGAGGAGGUGCUGUCGAAGCUUCCGGUGACAUCUCUGGGAGAAGUACGAUCGACCUGCAAAAAGUGGAACAGCAUAACGAAAGGUCAUAGCUUUUUGAAGAGGCACAUGGGUGAAUCAGCAGAAGGAGCAUCAAAGAAGAAGCAGAAGCAAAGGAAGGGAAUUGAAAUCAAGGUGGUGAUGUUGCUGGAAAAGAGAGUGUCUUUGAUGAGCGUCAAUCUCCUCUAUCCAUCUAUAGAGCCUAUAGGUAAUAUCAACGCAGAUGGAGUCGACAUAUCUAAAAUCAUUCACUGCGACGGUUUGUUCUUAUGCGUCACCACCGGAGACGAAAGGCUUCUUGUGUGGAACCCUUAUCUCGGACAAAGAAAGUGGAUCGAACCCAGAAAUUCUUACCACAGAUUCGACAGGUACGCUCUCGGAUACGAUAAGAAGAAGAAGCAGCACAAAGUCUUGAGAUUUGCGAAUGGUUACGACACGAGAGUCAAGCACCGAGUUUCUGAGCUUGAAAUCUACAGUUUGGACUCUGAUUCGUGGAAGCUUGUUGAUGAUUUCUCUCCGGACUGGCGUGUGGAGUUGUAUCAACGUGGCUUGUCUCUAAAGGGCAACACUUACUGGUAUGCUCAUGACAAGAGCCCGACAAGUGGUCCACUAAAGACAUUCGAUCUCGCAGAUUUCCUAAUCUGUUUUGAUUUCAAAACGGAGAGAUUUGGACCGCGUCUGCCUCUGCCUUUCCACGGUUUCGUUGGAGACACUGCGACGCUUUCAAGUGUUAGAGAAGAGCAGCUCGCGGUGCUGUUUCUGAAAUUCGGUACACCUGCACACACACUCAAGAUAUGGAUUAGUAGUAAGAUUGAGCACAAUGCAGUGUCGUGGGGCAGCUUGUUCUUAGCUGUUGAUAUGAGACCACUCAUUGGUGUUCGGGUUUACAAUCACGCUGGAAGUUUCUUUGUUGACGAGGAGGAGAAGCUCGCUCUGGUUCUUCAUAAAGACAAAGGUCAACCUGGCCCCACCGUUCGCAACACUGCUUACAUAUUUGGUGGUAAUGGUGGUAAUGGAUACCUCAAACAAGUUGAUCUUGGCCAAUGUAGAGACAUGUAUUGUUACCCGCUUGUGUACUCUUACGUUCCAAGCUCACUGCAAAUCGAGCAACCGGAACACACCUUAAUCUAUUAG